CUUUAUCACCUGCAAUGAUGAAGUCGGGACGGCAUUACCUUCGCACCUGGCUCAAGUACGCGGGCGCCGCUGCUUCUUGCGAGUUGCCUCUUGCCUUACGGAGCCCUGACUUCCGUGGCCAUGAUCGUUGUUCGAAGAUCCUUCUCAUCUGCAUUGUCGUCGCAAUAUUGAUAACGGCAUUUUUCCACGAAGCACGUGACAAACCAUGGAUGCUACCAGCGAAGAUGCAUCGGUCCCUCGACAUGAUUCUGGAAUCGCUGAGCGACCAAUCGUCAAUCUCCCGAAAGCAGGGAAUUUUCAAGCGCGGACAAACGCUCGUUCGGAUCCAAAUCAGCAGACGGAGCAAGAGCGGCUACAGGCUUGGCGUAAAUCUAUGAAGGCCCAAACCUGCAAGGAAUGGCGAUACGGCCAUCGAUGCCACCGGCCAAACGCCAGACGUUGUCGUUACGCCCAUCACCUCUUCCCUGCCAUCGAAUGGCGUGCAUUCGACAAGGCCGACAUUCUAGAGCGGUGUGCUCGGGGUACGGAAUGUCGCAAUCAUUCACUGGACUGUCGCCACAAUCAUGCGCCUACAGGAUCGGCUGGAGACCGGUACAGGAUGCGUUUGAGGGAAUAUGUCAGAAGUCUUCCUUAUACCGCUAUUACUUGCGUUCUGUGCAACGCGUGUGGGAAGAUGGAUUUUGAUAUUGAGGAUAUGCUGGAUCAUCUUGAAACAGAGCACCCCGAGAGUUAUGGGCGCUAUAAUCACUAUAGUGAUUUGUGUCCGCCUCCUCGUCUACCGGAAGAUGGUCCGGAUGAGCGAGUCGAUCCAACUCAGGCAUACCACAGCGCUGUGGAUCCGCUUGGCUCUCCCGUCGCUCAAUCUGGUCCUUCUUAUGAAGACGGUGCACCGGAUCAGACAAGUCUUAUUACCACUGCGCCUGUAACGACCUCGAACGAGGAUAAGUGGUCCAAAUUCCCAAGCCGAUCUGGAUCCGAGCACGGAGACCGUUAGCAGCCUGAGUCUCCGGAGGGAGGAGAUCAACGACAUGGGCCAAACAAGAAGAAAGUCAGACGUAGUCAGCGAGCACGGCGAAAGCAAAAGGAGAGGGAAGCCGCUCAAGCUGCCCGAGAAAGGAGCAGAAAAUGGCACAGAUACGUCUUCAGAACUCUCCACCACUGGCGCAGUGGUUCGGCUUCGGCUUGGGGGGAACUCGCAUGAUAAAUAUGGGCGGGAAUCAUCCUGUUCACUCGCAUCUGGGCAUGAAGAUGAACCACCUUCUGUGCUUCGAUCGGGGUGCCCACGAUUGGCCAGACUAACCCAUUUCAAGGAGAAGUCGAUAGCGGCCAACAUUCUUUAGUACUGGGAGGCGAUGUGCUAGAAGACUGUCUUGAUUGUGCAUGAGGAAAAACCUGGGGAUGUCUGUCUAGAUAUCGCACAUUAUUCUUCGUGCUUCUAUCGCUGUAUCAAAGGCGUACAUGUAUAGUCGAGUUUUGAAAUGGAGGGAGCGUCGAUGUGAUUCUUUUUUUAGCAUCAUCGACGUAACUUCGGUGAAGAGACUGUGAAUGAGAUCAUAUGUAUUUGCGUAGCCAAGACAUGCGUCGCG